GUUGCCUUUGCAAUUUACCAAAAUGCAACACAUACCAAAAAAGGGAGUGACAUGACAACACCCACCAAGUCACUCUUCGCUAGGAAGGAAGAAGAGACGGUGACGACGACUUUGCUAGUUUUCUUCGUCUUCUCACUCGCUUUUGAUCACUGUUAGCUCGAUCAAUUUCAACACAAAAGAGAUGAUGGGUAUUGGGUCUGUGGGUAAUGUUGGUUCGUUAUCGUCAUCGUCCAAUUUAUCGGCUUUAGCUCCUCCUUUUACAGUCGAUCGUUCCAAUCCCAAACCCAAUUCAAACCCACUUGCGCAUUUCACUGAAUCGCCCUAUGUGCCUUUCAAUUCCUCUUUCCCCAAUUGGCAAUAUUCACAUUCUUCAGCUUCGGGAACUAAUUUGUAUUCCAAUAUUGAUUUCGGAGUCGAUUCAAUUCGGACCACAUGUGUUCCUUCAGCCAAGGAUUAUUCUUACUUGGGAUCAAACUCUGUCAAUUCACCCACUACCCAUAUGCCCCCAUUAAUCCCUAAUGUUAGUUCCGCGACAGAUUCAUUCACUUUUCUGCAGUAUUCGAGUGGUAUACCAAGUAAUCGUGUUGAAGUCGAGCCAUAUUAUCCUCCGUUUGUCUCGACUCUUGUUGAUGAUGAUAACCCUUUGGUGGCGCUUAAUGAACCUAGCUAUGAUUUGUUGUCCAAUUCCUGUGUUGCCCCAUUGGAUGGAUCUUUUCAAGUUGAUUACACUCAAAGCUUGUCGGGUUUGGAGUACACACCACAGUGGGGUGGCUUUUGGAAUAGAUUGGCUGAUGGGGAACAGGGUGAACGGGUAGAACCGGAUGGAAGAUUCUGCUCAGAUGGGACAAAUUUUGCUGGUUCAUAUGUUUACGAGAAUUAUAUGAAACAAGGCGGUUGCACAGCUGAGGACUCAAGCAAAUGUGAAGAUACUUCUGCAGCUUCACAUAGAAAAUAUGUUGAUCUUUUGGGAAAAGAGAACAGAAUUGUGUCUCCAAGUACGGGAAAGUUGAAUUACAAAUCCUCUUCACUGCAAGAUCCCUGGUUUAUUUCCAGUGAAUCCUCAAGAACAUCAAUCUCAGGAAGCUCAAUGCUUCCGGAAUCUCAUGCACAGGUGCCAUCUCUAGAAUCAGCCACAAAUAUCUGGUAUCAGAAGCCAUAUGGUACAUCAUAUGAUAAGUUCUUCCAGCCGCUUGAUUCUUGCACAAAUGAUUUCAUAUCAGUAAAAAAGUCAUCCCCUGCUCUCGUCAUCAGACCUCCAUCCAUUGGUACCAGUUCUACAGUGCCAAAUACAGUUUCAUCUGAAGAUGCAAAUUCUAUUGGGAAUGUUGCAGCCAUUAACAGCAAGGAUUUUGGUUUCCACUAUCCCUCUAAUCAAAAGGAGCCUCACUUGCCACCGAGUAAUGACAAAGAAGGUUGCUUGGAUACUACUCAACCCAACUUACAUGUGGACAGAAGUGACUGUUUCUUUGUUGCAUCAUCCUCUACUAGAAAAGAAGAGCUGUCAAACAAGCCUGUUACUAAGGAUGUUGUGGAUCAUAUGUCUGAAGCUGGAAUGGAAUUCCAACUACCGGAUAUAAAUGUCCCAGAUGGCUUUACUUUGCCUCUUGAUAGUGCUAAAUGCUUUACUGUGGUUGAGGAUUCUUCCGAGAGUUUUGAUCAUUAUAAUGCUGUUGUUGAUUCACCCUGCUGGAAAGGUGCUCCGGCUUCUCCUUUUUCUCCACCUGAAGUUUCUGAAGCUUUAAGUCCACAGCAUCUUAUGAAGGAAUUGGAAGCAUGUAAUGGUUUGAAGAUUUUUCCUUCCUGCACUGAUGGUACUGUAAGGGUGUCCUGUGAAAAUCAAUUCGAAAAAAGUGUGUACGAGUAUAAUGGAUAUGUGGAACUUGGUUCAUUGAUUUGUCCCGAGAGACUUUCAAAUGCCAAUUUUCCAGCCAAGGAGCGUAGUUCAGCUGAUGCUGUGAAAGCAGGAUUCAAUUAUCCACAAAUGAGUAGCAACAAUAUACAAUUUUCUAAUGACAUCGGCAAACCAAGAAAAGAAUAUGAUGUUCCCACUGACUCAAAAAGUAAUCCUGAUAUGAAACCUUCUCACACCAAACCACCGGGUCUUGACAAGGGUGAGUUUGUAUCUCAAAGUGAGUUCAAAUUGUGCGCUGGUGUUGUGGACUCUGGGUUGAAAAUUAGUGAUACCUCAGAAAAUGAUUCUGUGUCAUUCCAUGCUAUGGAAAGUACUUGUUUUCCUUGUAAUUCAGAAGAUGUUAAUGAUCUGGCCAAACUGCAGGAAACGGCAUUGACUCCAAAAAUGAAUGCCCAGAUGCUGGUUAAUACAAUACAUAACCUUUCAGAAUUGCUUCUAUUUCAUUGUUCAAACGAUGCCUCUGCAUUAUCGGAACAUGAUCAUAAAGCCCUUAAGCAUGUAAUCAACAAUAUUGAUGCAUGUGUAUCACAGAGGAUGCUACCUAUGACUGCAACAGGAGAAUCAAUGCUUUCUCGACAAGGAACUUCUAAUGAAUCUAGAAAGUUACCUGAUCUUCGUAAGGGUGUCAUCGCUGGCGGUCCUCCAUUGACAAAGGAAGCAGAUGCUAGUUUUCAUGGUCAAUUUGAUCAUCAUGGCAUACACGACGGCAAGAGGAACAGAACUCUUUCUAGUAAGGAAGUUGAGAAAUUUCCGGAUUUUGUUUCUUUAAGCGAUGAUGUAGACAAUUUGAAAAACAAUAACACAGUCCAGGCUAUAAAAGAGGUCCUCAAGGAGGAUUUUAAUGGUUGUGGAGAGAUGCAAUCAGAAACACUACUGUACAAAAAUCUAUGGCUCGAGGCUGAAGCAGCCUUAUGUUUCAGUAGUUAUAGAGCUCGCUUCAAUCGUAUGAAGAUUGAGAUGGAGAAAUGCAAGUCGCACAACACAAAAGAUGUGGCAGAAACUAGUAAUGCCGUUGAGAAGCUACCGAGCUCCAAAUUUGCUCCUGAUCCAAACAUUAGUCAGAAAGUGACACCCGAGUCUGAUGAUAGCCCAAUGUCGGAUAAAUCCAUUCAGGAUUCUUCUAUUCCGAGUACAACCAAGAUUGUUGAUGAUGAUGAUGCAUCCACCAUGGCCAGAUUCUGUAUCCUGAAAUGCAGGGGUCAGAACUCGAGCGCUGUAAAUACAGAAGGCCAACAACGACUCAGAGAAACUAGUAAUGCUGCUGAGACGCUUCCGAGCUUCAAUUUUUCUCCCAAUCCAAGCAUAACCCAUGAAGUGACACCUGAGUCUAAAGAUAGCCCAAUGUUGGAGAAAUCCAUUCAGGGUUCUUCUAUUCCAAGUACAACCAAGGUUGUUGAUGAUAUUGAUGCAUCUGCCAUGGCCAGAUUCCAUAUCCUCAAACUUAGGGGUCAGAGCUUGAGUUCUGUAAAUACAGAUGGCCAAGGACUGGCAGAAACUAUUAACGCUGUUGAGAAGAUACCGAGCUCCAAAUUUUCUCUUGAUCCAAACAUCACUCGCAAAGUGACACCGAAGGCUAAUGAUUCUCCUAUUUUGAGUAAAACUAAGAUUAUUGAUGAUGUUGAUGCAUCCACCAUGGCCAGAUUCGAUAUCCUCAAAUGCAGGGUUCAGAACUCAAAUUCUGAAUGGGAACAACUGGCCCAGGUGGUUGAGUAUGGAUUUGCAGGCAAGGGAAAUGAUCGGCAACUGAUUGGAAACCGAUCAGAGCAUGGAAGUUUGGAAGUUGAAGUUGAUGAUGUUCAUGCAUCCACCAUGGCCAGAUUCGAUAUCCUCAAACGCAGGGGUCAGAACUCAAAUUCUGUAAAUACAGAACAGGAACGACUAGCCCAGGUGGUUGAGUCUGAAUUUGCAGGCAAGGGAAAUGAUUGGCGAUUGAUUGGAAACCGAUCAGAUCAUGGAAGUUUGGUAGUUGGUGAUGGGGCUCAUUUGCAGUAUUUCAGCGACAUCAGUAAAUUAGACAAAUUUGGCUCGUUUGUAGGUGGUUCUGAACAUGAAAAUGUGCAAGAGUUUCGUGUAUUUGCUAUGGAUGAUCAGGUGAUCCAGUAUGGUUGGAACAGGUUGGGAAGUGAGCUUCCUCCAGGUUGGGUUGAUAGCUCUUCAUCAGAUUGGGAAUAUGUACCGAAGGAUGAAUUUGCACGGGAAAACUGAUGGACCUCAAUUUGGGAUCUGAAUCCACACGGGUAAAUAAUCUCUUUUGGUUUUGUUCAUAUUUUGUGGUGGUUGACUUAUAUUUGUGGUAUGAGAAGGAGAGAGUGCUCCAAACUUGUAAAAAGCUUAUGGACUUCAUUUGAACUUGUCAAACCUGUAUUACCAUGCGGAUGUUAUCUGGGUUUUCUUUUUAUUUGUACUCUGCUAUGCUAUGCUUUGCUUCGCGGAGGCAGUUUUAGAGCUGAGUUGAAGAUAACCUGUGUGGUUGUACUGAGGAAAAAAAAACUGCACUUGAUCCCCUAUUCCUUUUGUACUUCGCCCUUAAAAUACACUGCUUCCCUGAACUUCAAAAA